AGGCUGGACUCAUCUACUUUUCACUUCUCGUUUAAGUCCAAGUCCAACGCGGAUUUCCUACUUAUUUAAACUAUCAUUUUUGGAAAACUUGGGAAGUGUUAAUAAACCUGUUGUUACUUUCCUUCAGAGUGUUGUGAGAGCUGCUUGCACAGUCCCAUAGCGUCUGAGGGAUGGAAUAAUGAUACACCAUGCAUCCAUUAGUGAAACAGUGUACUUUGCUAAUUUAUUGCAUAAUUCUGUGCUCCGUUCUGCAAGUCAUCCAGGCUCUUCAUGAAGAUCAAGUUGGUCUUUAUGACUGGAGUCUGCAGUUCGUCGGGAGACCUGUAGAAGUACUGUUGUCGUCCAAGAGCUCUUCUGCUACAUCCCCCAAAACGCUGGCAUUCGUUUAUACCGAGCAGAAUGUUCUAGCUGCUGUGGACUUGAAGUUUGGAGAAAUUGCAUGGCGGCAGGUGUUCGAGCGCAGUGAAAAUCCGAGCAUCGCGUCGGCUUUCCUGACAGACGAAGAGAUUUGCGUUAUUAUCGGCCAGGGGAAUAUUUUGAGGUGUUUUGACCAAGUUUCGGGAGGUUUUAAAUGGGAAAGAGCACUGGGAGGAAAAGGAACCGAUAAUGUGGCAUGUGCUUCACUUGGAAGAGCGACCGGUGAUGGUUCUACAAGCAGCCGAAUUAUUUGUGCGGCCGGGGAAAAAGUGCUCAGUUUCAACUCAAAACUUGGAAAUCAGUUGUGGGAAUCGAAAGAUGUCAAAAGCCAAAAGAAGUUCAUUAGUUUUCGAGCAUCUGAAGUGUUAGUUGCCAGCCUGGAUGAAAACAAAAUCAGUGUGCGAAGAUAUUCGCCGCAAAAUGGGGAACUUAAGGAAAACAGUUUUGAGAAAGCAGCCAUAGUUAAUCCGGCAACAACAAAAUGUGUUUUGGCACAGCCUGAUACUCAGGCUGCGUACUUUUUGGUAUGCGUUGACGGGAUAUCACAGCGGGCAUUCACAUUUAGUACAAGUGGACCUGAUCGGUCGCAACAACUAUCCACAUUCGAGGAAAUGGGAACUUAUGCGCAGGGAGAAGAAUUGUCAAUACGGCACCAUACGGGAGAAUACUUCAGCGUACUAUCUGGAAAGGAGUCGUUCUUAUUUCAGCUGCAGAUCGAUGGAAAAUUGUUACUAUCGGCAAAACUCCCUAACUCUAAGGUUGAUAUGUGCGCUUCUAAAGAGUUUGUAUCACUACAGAGAACGGAAGGAAAUGUUGAGCUGCGUUCCGCAUCUGCUGGCUCUAAUGCAGAAAAAUUCAGUCUUGUUUCGAGCGUGCCAUUUCCUCGGUCUUUUGGGAAUAUCAAACAGGUGCGGGUUAUUCCCGGUAAAGAAGACUGCUCAAAAUCGUCCGUUAUCUUUUGGACAAGUGGCGACGUUUUUGGGCUGAUCUCACAAGGAAAACUACUGUGGAAGCGGGAAGAAGGGUUGGCUUACCUGCAGUCGACUGCUAUUGUGGACUUACCUGUUUCUGAUAUUGAAGCCUUGGUUGAAGAGGAAUUCGAAGAGAAAGGCACUUUCCUUCUGAGAUUCGCCAAGCGACUUGUGGCGCAGGCCCUGCAGCUGAAAAAGCUAGUCGAAUUAGGUGUGAACUCCCUUGUUAAGGGACUGCGAACGGGGCAGUUUUUUGAGAAAGAACACUUGGAACGCGAUUACUUUAAUACCCAUAAAAUUAUCGUGGGUGUCAAUGAUCGUGGAAAGGUUUACGGCUUGGACAGUCAUAAUGGAGAUGUUGUGUAUUCGAUGAUAAUCGAAGAUUUUGUAAAACCGGUCAAUCAUAAAGUCGCUUUUUAUCUUCAACGGGCUGGUGCUCAUGCACCUUUUGCUAGUCAAGCGGUGAUUAUUGGAGCGGAUAAGAAAUCUGGUAAUGGGCUGAUGUACUUCUUUGAUUGUAUUACCGGGGAAGAGCUGCAAAAGCCUCUACAACUUAACCGUCCUGUUUUGCAAACUGGUUUAAUUCCCGUGAUGACCAGCAACCAUCUGGAAGCUGUUUUUGUACUGGACACCGAUUAUAAUGUUAAUAUAUAUCCUAGCCUAAAUAUACCUGAACUGAAAGAUUUUGUGACCAAAUCACUGACCAUAUUCGAUGCGGAUAUGAAAAGCGGGAUCGUACGCGGGUUUCGAGUGAUACAAUCGGAUCAGGGAUUCAAAGCGCGCGAAAUGUGGACCAACACACUGACGGCUGAGGGAGAGUCGGUGGUAUCGGUUACUCCCAAACGACCGCACGAUAAUGUUUAUUCGCAGGGAAAAGUGUUAGCUGAUCGCCGCGUAUUGUACAAAUAUAUUAAUCCCAACCUGGUUUCGGUUGCUGUCCAAGGAACAGAUGAGGCCAAAAAGCCAUAUGUGAAAAUCGUGGCCCUGGAUGGCAUAACAGGUCGUGUCGCUGCCAGUCUCGUUCAACGACGCGCCCGAUCACCAGUUAAUGUCGUGCAUUCCGAAAACUGGAUAAUGUAUUCAUACUGGAACGAAAAAUCUCGUUCUAGUGAACUAGGCGUGGUGGAAUUGUACCGUGGAUUUGAUAAACCGAAUAAAACAUAUUUUAGCUCAUUGGAAUCUUUUGGUAAACCAGAGGCCAUUGCGUCGGCUUUUCGAUUACCGGGUUUCGUUAACGACAUGCAGGAGACGGUUACGGCUGGAGGAAUUACGCAUAAGAAUCUUAUUUUGGGACUGGCAUCCGGAUCACUGCUGCAAAUACCAAAAGUGUUACUAGAUCCCAGGAGGCCUUUGUUUCCAUCUGCAGCAGAAAGGGAAGAGGGUUUAGUUCCGUACGCCCCAGAAUUGCCUUACAUGACGGAACACGUAAUAAAUUAUUAUAAAAAAGUCCACAACAUUCGCGGAAUUCAAACCGGGAUUGCUGGAUUAGAGUCCAUAUCUUUGGUGUUUGCGUUUGGUCUUGAUCUUUAUUUUACCCGGGUAAUGCCGUCAGCAUUAUUUGAUGUUUUGAGUGAUAGUUUUGAUUACUGGAUUCUGUCUGUGGUGAUGCUUGUCAUGACCAUUGCGUCCGUUAUUGUUCGUAAUCUGGCCAAUGCCAAAGCGCUGCGCUUAGCAUGGAAAUAGGUUUUUCCAUUGUUUUUUCUUUGUUUUUAUUUGAACGUCUGCUAUAAAAGUUUUUUUUACCAAAGACGAGGCAUUUCUGUCAAACUUGAAUAAGGCUGGUGCUGUUGUGGAGUUUGGGUUCAACUCAGUUGAGCUAAAUAACCGUGUUUUUAAAUGUCGGGAGAUAUAAAAAAAUUUCACAAAAUAAG